CUGUACAUUUAUUUUCGUUCUUUAGAAGACCAUAGUAACAUGUUAAUUCUGUAAAAUAAUUUUAAAAAUGUACACUUGGAAAAGAUGGACAAAAACUAGAGGAGGCAAAGAUGAAAGAGGAUCAAAUCCCACGGAGGUCAAUAACCGUUUGUUUACUGGGAGGACAGGAAGGGAUUUUAUCUUCAAGGAGGAAGGAACAAAUAACGCACCACCUGAGAGCAACAUGGAUUAUUUACUUGCGAGAGUCCAAAACGUUCACAUAGCCGAUGAAGCUCGUAAUGAGGCAGAAACGCUCAUCAACGAUUGGUUGAAUGAUCAUAUUAUUAAAGAACUCACAGGGGAGGAAGAAGAAAAUGAAAAUCUACCUCCGUCUAUAGCCCCACAAGCUACACCUACCGUAUCUGCACCCUCAUGGUACCAUGAUACCGACACUUUUCUUCAGCAAUACCUAACCAAGCAAGGCUGUGGCUCCAAACCCACAGACAAUGAAAAUGAGAUUGAUGUUUAUUCUGUGGAUGAAGCUACUGCAGUAAACUCAGUUUUAAAUCAUUUGAUGCAAAAACCAUUGGAUAAUUCUAAGAUAGCAAAGGACUUAGACUUGAAAGGAAAAAGAGAGAAAAUGAAAAAGGCAAAAGAUCCAGUAUUGACAAUGGAAAUGAGACACAAACAGGUAAGAGAGGCUCGGCAAAGAAGAGAAGAGGAAUUAAAGAAACGUCGUGAAGUGAUAAAGCAGAAAAAAGAAUCUGAGAGAAUGGCCGAACAAGUUGUUAAACAAGAAGAGAAAAGAAAGCUGCAAGCAGCGAAGAUAGAAGAGGAAGCUAUUCAAAGGGAAAUGGCCAAGAUCAGGAGAGAAAUGUUGGAGAAGAAGAAGAGAGAAGCAAAGGAGCUCGCUGCCAGACUUAAUGUGGUCAACAUCCACCUUCCAGAUGCAAAGGAGGACAUGGUUGAAGAAAACAAGAAAGAGGAAAAUCAUGGCCAUCAGCAACUUGCACCUUCUACUAAUUUAAACAAAAAUUCCCGUUUAGAAGAAAUAGAAACAAGGAUUAGAAAGAUGGAAGAAAUUAGAUGUAGAAGAAUAUUGAAACAAACUUUCUCAUCUUGGUUUAUACUUGUGUUGAAACAACAAGCUGCAUUAGGAAAAGCGAAAGCUAUGAGUGAUUGGAAUUGUUUGCUGCGAACAUGGACAGCAUGGAGAAGAUAUACUUUGCAACAAGUGGUUCAACGUGAUACAACUCAACAACAGAUCUACCGGCAGCAGUUGAAAGUGAAAGAAACUAGAGUAACGAAAAGUCGCCGGGUUAAAAUUCUACACAAAGCUUUUAAUGCUUGGAAGAAAUUUGUAAAAAUGGAGCAAUAUAAUAAAGAACUACUUGAGCAGCAAGAAGCAACCAAAGCAAAGAUGAAGGCAUUGCUUGAUAAUGUGGCCGCAAAAACUAAAGAGCAAGAAACUGUUGUUGUUUCACUGGAUGACACUGAAAAUUACUGUGGAUCAGAUAUUUCUAAAACUAAAGUAAAUCCACCGCAGAAACUUAAAACACCAAACUCAGGUUCACGCAACACAAAGAAACCAAAUCACAAACCCAUUCAUGCGUGGCAAGUGAAUAAAAAUCAUGUGAAAAAUCUCACAGUUGAUGAAAUUCAAAGUAUUGGUGAUGCCCCUAGUAACCACGGUAACCGGAAAGUGAAAUCAUCGCAACCAAACAACUUUACUCACAGAUACAAGUUCCAAAAACAGGUUAUUAAUGAGCAAACGAAUCUAAUCAACGAACAGAAACAACUAAUUGAUCAACUAACUCAACAACAACGACAAGUUAAUGUUGCGUUGGAACGACAAGUGAAGGAAAGAUUUGAAAAUGUUGAAAAUGAAACAAAAUCUUCACCGAGUGACCAAAUCAGGAACACUCAAAGUAACAGACCACCGCGAAGUUUGGUUCCGGUAAAGCGUCCAAAAUCUGUAAUUGCAAUGGAGGAGAGAGCUGCAGAACGUGCGAGAAGAAGGCAAGAACUAGAAGAGAAGAGGAAAGAAGAAGAGAGAGCAAAAGUUGAGCACCUGAAAAAGGAGGAAAAUGAGAGACAACUAAAAGAAGAGGAGGAAAAAAGAGAAAAAGUUCAAAUGUUGAGGGAGCUUAAAAAGUUAAAAGAACAAAAAGAGAAAGAGAAGCAGGAUUGGAUCAUCCGGAUGCGGGAGCUAAAAAGGAUAGCAGAAGAUCAUUAUCGGAGGACCUUAAUGAAGAAGUUGGGGAUUAAUCCAUGGAAGAAGUUGAUGGAAAUUGGAAAGAAAAAGAUGGAGGUGGCAGUAUAUCACCACUGUUGCCAAGCAACCAGAGUGGCAUUCCAUAUAUGGAAAACAAAUGUGAAAGAAAAACGAACGGAAAGAGAAAAUAAAGCAGAUUUGUUGUAUAAUGUUUUGCUUAAAAGGAAAAGUCUUUCUAGUUGGAGAAAAUAUGGUGAACGUCUUGUUAUAUUGGAACAAAAAGCUGACAUACAUUAUAAUAAUGUUGUUAAAGUGAAGUAUAUAAGAUUAUGGGAACAAUAUGUCACAGAUGAAAGAUUGUCACUUUUCACCAAAGAAGAAUCAGCGGUCACACAUGACCGACUUCGCCUUUUACGAUCAGCUUUUAAAUCGCUCAAGCAUCACCGACAGCUCGUUAAAAGAGACGAACAACGGCGCCACCGUGUGGCAGAUAUGAGACGCAAGGUUGCUCAAUUAUUGCCAGACUUUUGCCCCGAGUCAUCUUUAACGACGUAGCAAAAAAACACCAUCCAGGGAAGAAAUGUCUUAAUUGUGAUUAAGUUAAAUUAUGUGUUGGUUGUUUAAACACUUAUUGAAAAUAUUAAGCUGUUUUAUCUGGUAAUGUUACAUUCGACAGCUACUGUUUAAUUCUUUUAAAUAGCUAUGCGUUUUAUUAUUAUUAAUACUUAUUCUUUUUCUUAUGUAUGGUAUAUUAGUGUCAGUACCAAUGAUAGCAUAAAAGUUUCCAUUUUUUCAAAGUAGAUAUACACUAUGCUGUACACUUCUUGAUAUUUUUUCUUCCUGCUUUGCUGCUUGUAUUAACAUUUCAACUUAGCAGUAAAUAUUUCACAUUGUA